GUUUUAAACGCGCCGCCGAGGGCCGCGCGGAGGACGGAGGAGAGCCUGGGGCGGCGAAGGGCGGCUCGACGCAAACCAGGCGCACGCGGCCCGCGCCCGGCGUCGCGCCGGGAUUGGUCAGCCCGCGGCUUCCUCCGCCCCCAGCCAAUCGCCGGGGCAGACUUCCUGAGGGGGUUUUCCUUCCCUCCCUCGUAGCUCGGGAGCUGAGGGGCGGUCGCCCGGACCCGGAGUGCCCAGCAGCGCCGACGCGAGGAGGCCUGCUCCGCACCUGCCGCCAUGAGGCCCCGGAACGCCUGCCUGCUCGUGCUGCUUUUGGCGCUGGCGCAGCUGCUGGCCGUGGCGAGCGCAGGGGAGACGGACGAAGAUUCUUCUAAUAGAGAAAAUGCUAUUGAGGAUGAAGAGGAAGAGGAGGAGGAAGAUGAUGACGAUGAGGAAGACGAUUUGGAAGUUAAGGAAGAAAAUGGCGUCUUGGUCUUAAAUGACGCAAAUUUCGAUAACUUUGUAGCUGACAAAGACACAGUGCUGCUGGAGUUUUACGCUCCUUGGUGUGGACAUUGCAAGCAGUUCGCUCCAGAAUAUGAAAAAAUUGCUACCAUCCUAAAGGAUAAUGAUCCUCCCAUCGCUGUUGCUAAGAUCGAUGCAACCUCAGCAUCCACACUGGCCAGUAGGUUUGACGUGAGUGGCUAUCCCACCAUCAAGAUCCUUAAGAAAGGGCAGACUGUUGACUACGAUGGCUCCAGGACCCAGGAAGAAAUUGUUGCUAAGGUGAAAGAAGUCUCCCAGCCCGAUUGGACGCCUCCACCAGAAGUCACACUUGUGUUGACCAAGGACAACUUUGACGAAGUUGUGAAUGAUGCCGAAAUCAUGCUGGUGGAGUUUUAUGCCCCCUGGUGUGGACACUGCAAGAAACUUGCUCCUGAGUACGAGAAGGCCGCCAAGGAGCUCAGCAAGCGCUCUCCUCCAAUUCCACUGGCAAAAGUAGACGCCACCACAGAAACAGACCUGGCCAAGAGGUUUGAUGUCUCUGGCUAUCCCACCCUGAAAAUUUUCCGCAAGGGAAAGCCUUUUGACUACAACGGCCCACGAGAAAAAUAUGGGAUUGUUGACUACAUGAUCGAGCAGUCUGGGCCUCCUUCCAAGGAGAUUCUGUCCAUGAAGCAGGUCCAGGAGUUCCUGAAGGAUGGAGAUGAUGCCAUCAUCAUUGGCAUUUUUAAGGGGGAGAGUGACCCAGCCUACCAGCAGUAUCAGGAUGCUGCUAACAACCUGAGAGAAGAUUACAAAUUUCACCACACUUUCAGUACUGAAAUAGCAAAGUUCUUGAAAGUUUCCCUGGGGAAGUUGGUCGUAAUGCAGCCCGAGAAAUUCCAGUCCAAGUAUGAGCCCAGGAGCAACGUGAUGGACGUUCAGGGCUCUACAGAGGGAUCGGCCAUCAAGGACUACGUGGUGAAGCACGCCUUGCCCCUCGUUGGCCAUCGCAAGGCCUCUAACGAUGCCAAGCGGUACACCAAGCGUCCUCUGGUGGUUGUCUACUACAGCGUGGACUUCAGCUUUGAUUACAGAGUUGCUACUCAGUUUUGGCGGAGCAAAGUCCUGGAGGUGGCCAAGGACUUCCCCGAGUACACCUUCGCCAUCGCUGAUGAGGAGGACUAUGCCACGGAGGUGAGGGACCUGGGGCUCAGUGAGAGUGGGGAGGACGUCAACGCGGCCAUCCUGGACGAGAAUGGGAAGAAGUUCGCCAUGGAGCCAGAGGGGUUCGACUCUGACACCCUCCGGGAGUUUGUCACAGCUUUCAAAAAAGGAAAACUGAAGCCAGUUAUCAAAUCCCAGCCAGUGCCCAAGAACAACAAGGGGCCGGUCAAGGUUGUGGUGGGGAAGACUUUCGACUCCAUCGUUUUGGACCCCCAGAAGGACGUCCUCAUUGAGUUCUAUGCACCAUGGUGUGGGCACUGCAAGCAACUGGAACCCGUGUAUACCAGCCUGGCCAAGAAAUACAAGAGCCAGAAGGGCCUGGUCAUUGCCAAGAUGGAUGCCACCGCCAACGACAUCACCAACGAACGCUACAAGGUGGAGGGCUUCCCCACCAUCUACUUUGCCCCCAGUGGGGACAAAAAGAACCCAGUUAAAUUUGAGGGCGGAGACAGAGAUCUGGAGCAUCUGAGCAAGUUUGUAGAAGAACAUGCCACAAAACUGAGCAGCAGAACCAAGGAAGAGCUUUGAAGCUCUUGAAGUCUGCAGAGGGUGGGAAGGACCAGACACACUGUAGCUGCCGGCGGUUUGUGGUCAGGGUGCCCAUGCCAGUGUACGGGCUGAGGCUAUUAGUGCAACAGCAAUAUCUUAAUUGCUUUUUUUUUAAAUUUUUUUAUACUUUGGUAUUUCACUUCAUGCUCUGAAUACUGAAUAGCCAUGAAUGACUUAAUCAUUUACUCCAGAUUUUUACAGAGGAUACAGCUAUUUUUAUCAUUAUUUGGGGGAUUUUUUUUGAACACCUACUUACUUUCCUCAAAGCCGAUAAGUCGGAUCUCUUCUGAGAAUGUUUCCUUUUUUAAUUUAAAGUUUAAAAAACCUUUGCCAAAUCAUGUUGAUUUUGCCCUUUACUUUAUUGUUGUCUGAGGAGUUAAGAAGAUUUGACUGCUGGUGUGUGUUAGUUUUUGGUUUCUUGUUGUAGCACAAAGUGAGAACCGUCGCCCGGCACCCUGCUGGGGAUCCAGGCCCAGUCUGACCUGUGAGCCGCCCAGGGAAAAGCAGCAUCUCGGGGCAGGACUGGGCAGCGGGUGGAGGAGCCUCGCCCAAGUGUCCCCAGGGCAGGCUGAGCUCAGACGUGUGGCCUGCGAGGCAUCCCUGCCCCUUCAGCCCCCGGCACUGGAGCAGCAGUGACCUCGGACCCAGACAUGGACGCUUCGGGGUGGUAGAAAAGACAGGGUAGGCUGUCAUCAUGGAAUAAAAACAUUAUUAAAAUGAACCUCA